UAAUGCUCUUUUGUCUCCUCCACUACUUCUUUCGAUCCAAAUCUUUUUUGUCUCAGGGUGAAAGGAAGCACCUGGUUCAAUAGCAGUAGCUGGCCGGGUUGCUGGAGGCAGUGUUGCUCUUCCCAUAGCAACUGCUUUGUUUACCUUCCAUGACAUUCUGAGCCCCCUCCUGCAGUAUUUGUCUCAUGUUUUAAAACAAACUGUGCUGCUGCCGUGGAGAUUGAGGCUGGAAGAAAGUUGUGAGCAAACCCCCCCAGUGAAGGGGAAGCGAGGACGUGUCGCUUAGACAGGAUUUGUCCUUGGGAACGAACAAUCCAGGCCAGGAGCAGUUUCAGCCAAGAGAUUAAAGGGGCGAGACUUUUUUCCCACCCUCCUGGACCGUAUUCAUCCCUUCUUGCUUCUGCAGCCAAAUAUAAUGCUACUCCUGAUUUCAGGUUCCACAUUCCAAGAACUGACCUGUGUUAUAUUCAGAACCUUUCCAAAAAACAAUGGCCAGACUGUUUCAAGAACCACCGAAGUUUCAUCCUUCCGAAUGGCAUGUUGCAAACAAGAUGCAGUGUGCCAGUACAGAGUCUCAGAAAUCCAGUUCAGAGCGCAUGAUAGCUGAGAGUCAGAGGCUGGUGGAUGAAAUAGAAAAGACAACUCAGAAAACCCGAAAUGAUGUCAACAAGAAAAUAGAACAGAGACUGGAAGAAAUAAAAUUCUGGAGGCAAGAAUUAGAUAACAAACUUGAACAAAUUGUUAAUGAGACAGAGGUACUGUUGACUUUCAAGAUCAGGCUGGAGAAAGCCUUGGAGAGCUGCAAACAGCCACUUGCCAUUGCCCAGAAGUGUCUCCUGAACAGGCAGAGUCGAGUUGGGAUUGACUUGGUGCAUGAUGAAGUGGAACAGGAACUGGUCAAAGAAGUUGAAGUCUUACAGGGGGUUAUUGCUUUGCUUGAACGUACAUUGGAACAAACCAGUGAGCAAAUCAGACUAAACCGUUCUGCAAAAUACAACCUGGAAAUGGAUCUGAAGGAUAAAUUCACAGCUUUGAUGAUUGACAAUUACUGUGCUAGCCUGACAAACAACACUCCUGAUGUCAGAUAUGCUGAUAAUACAGUGAAAAUAGAAGGAAAUUUUAUUGGCCCUGAAGACUGGAUAGAUUUCUCAAACAUAAAUGUUGAAAAGGCUGACAAGCAGAGAAACAACUCACUGUCACUAAGGGCACUGAUUGACAGCAUCCUUUCCCAGACAGCGAAUGACAUGCACAAGCAAUAUGAGAUGGUCAAUGUUGCUUUUAGAAACAGGGUGAAGGAAGUCAGAGAUGCCAAGCACAAGCUAGAAAUACUCCUUGCAUUGAGGCAGUGUGCAGUAGUUCCCUCUGUUGGAUUUGUUAAGGUGAUGGAUGAGACUGCCUUACAGGAGAAGAACAUUGCAGCCUUAAAGAAAGCAAUUGCUGAUAAAGAAGGACCUGUUAAAGUGGCUCAAACUCGCUUGGAAGCAAGAAACCAUCGUCCCAAUGUGGAAUUAUGCUACGACACAGUACAAUACAGGUUGAUUAGUGAAGUUCAAGAGAUUACAAACAAUAUUCAAAGAUUAAAGGAUACAUUAGCACAGGCUGAGACAGAGCUGAAAGGUCUGAGCCGACGACAGCUUUCCUUGGAGGAGGAGAUCCAAGUCAAGGCAAACACAUUAUACAUUGAUGAAGUGCUCUGCAUGCAGAUGAGAGAGUCUGUUUGCAUUAACAACUUUUGAAGUCGUCUUCCUGAACAACUCCUGAAAUAGAUUGACCAACAACUGGAACAAGAUGGUAUCUACGCUCCAAAAUGUCAAGGCAACAAUGGGCUGGCGGAAACACCAUCUCCUAGCUGACUUCGAUGAAAAUGACAGCCCUGUACCAGACAAAUUCAAGAGAAGGGCUUCUUUGAGUUCUCUCAAUACCAUCCGUAUGUCUCUAAGGAAGCGAAUACCAUUAAAACAAGUAGAGCUGAAUUUCCAUGAGACCCCAACUUGGGAAAGUAUGGAAGCAAGAGGAAAGUGCCAAACUCUCCGGAGUAUUACAAGAACAGCAAGAAAUGCUUUUAGAAUGGUGUCCCAGAAAAUACAGAAGACUCGCCAAAACCCAAUACACUCGAUUAUGGCCUUUCCAGAUGAAUCCGUUGGUAGGAGAAGCCAUGCAACCAGUUCUUCCAAGAAAAGAAGUACUAUGCCUCAAAUCCCUUGCCAUAAUGAGGAUAGUGUUACUCCAGCAGCCAGUUCCAUGGACACCCCAAGAUCCAGCAAAAGAGCCUCGCUUGGGCCAACAACGGUGUCAGAACAUAGAGAAUGGAGGGGUUUCCCAUCCUGGCAUGGUGAAGAUGCUGUCCCACUCCGGAGAUCAAGAAGAGCAGCAGCGCUUAAGAGCCCCUAUUCAUCACCUGCUCCUGCCAGCAGAAUGAUAGAGUUUGAGAGUGAGUUGGAACUGGUCUCCUCAGGGAUUCGCCAACUGAAGCACCUCUCUCAGGCACUUGAUGAUGGUAUUGUACAAGAUGAGAGGUAAAUACUGCUAAUGAUACCCCAACUCUUAGCAAUGGGCCACCUUCCUCUUGAACACUAGGCCAGGUGAUUGCUUUAACUCAGGAUGAGGAAUAGCUGCAGAACUUUCUCAGUUGUAACAUAGCAGAGCCAUUCUUUCUUCGACACUUGUGCAUAUUAUAUCAGUAGUUGGACUUGCAGCUUCUAAAACCUGUCAGAUACUCACCCUGUCUUCAUGUUUCUUGCUGUAGAAGUCUGAUUUCUCCCAGUCAGAGCCUAACUUUUACUUUGUAUGAGAACAGUAUCCUGCUACCUCUGUCUAAAAGAGCUGUCAAUCCAGGCAUGUCAAAAAAACAAACUCCAAAUCAUUGCACAGACACUUAGCUAUCCUUGGUGUGUGCACAUUUAUAAGAAAAAAGCUUUUGUUAUAUAGUUAUGUUUACAAAUAGCCAAUUUGAACUAUGCCCUAAAAUUUAGAGGAUGCAGAAGCCUCUUGUAGAAAACCUUGGUUAAUCCAUGAGGUGGUAGGCUGUUGCAUUUGUAAAGGUUAUGUCAUGCUGAAGUAGGCCUAUUCAGUCAGUAAAAACUGAAGGUCAGGAGUUUCAAUGCAGAACAGUUCCCUAAACCCCUUUCUCUCAUAGAACACUUGAUGUCAGGCAUUCAGUAAUUAAAAGUCAAGGUACUUUAAUCUUCUAGCGAAGGCUUAGCAUUAACUACUUUUAUCUACAAAGAGAUAAAGGCUUGAAAUCCUGCACAAUUCCAAAAAUUCAACUUCUACCAAUGGCAUCAUUUUUAGAUAGCUACAGGUUUACUCCUGUAAAAGUUAAUGACAAUAUACAUGAAAAUUUACUAAAUCUCACUCCUAAUAUUCUCCCAUCUGUUAGUGAUAUGACAGUUUCUCUCAUUCGUAACUGAAGAUAGUAUCAACAAGGUAAAGUAGUUGUUCACUUACUUUGACUAUACCUGCAUGCACCUGUGAGGAGAAAAACUGCUGUUUGGAGAGGGACAGACAUAUUAACUCUAAGUUUUCUUAGAAUCUUAUUGUGUGGAACCAAAGGGUUCUUUCCCUCAUAUUCACUUUGGCAUUCUCUGCUACAGCAGAUCAUUGUGCAGUUGUGAAGCAGCCUCUGUAUUGAAGAUUAGUGAGACCUUGCAUCUUUGCAAUGAACCGUAAAUUGGGCUUCUAUGCAAACAGCAGCUUUUUUCACCCCAGAUCAGAAAACUACUGGUACUAAUGUCUUUGUCACUUUAUCUCAGUUCUUACUGAUUAAUAAUAAAGAUCGCAAAGCAUGACAAUGACAGAACAAAUUAUUACCCUGAGCUAAUUUUACAGCCUUUAUUUUCCAUCCCUAGCAUUGUUUUAGCAGUUAACAUGAUGCUGCGAUAAAAACAGUAGAUGAUACCUAUGUUGCUGUUAUUGUGUUAUUGUGUAAUUGUGUUAAACACAAUUGCACCUAAGUAGAUGCAUGAAUUCUUUGUUUUGUGUUUCUGAAAAUCACCUUCUAGUAUCAACUCAUUGAACCAUUACCAGGUUUGCUAUGAGAAUGUCCUAAGAGCCUUGAUUACCUUCACUGUGAUCUGUGUUGUGACAUUAAUAUCUUUACCUGUUAACAUCUGAAGUAUUCUUUGUUUGAAGGGAAAAUUACAUAAUGAAUACUACUUCUUAUUCUUGCAACACAGGUAUAAGAACUUGAUUUCUGUAACUGUUAAGAAAAAAAAAAAAGUAAAACGCAACUCUCUCUGCUACCUGGGAGCAGUUUCAAAUGCUUGAUUGAAGCUUCCAACAGCUGUGUGUACUGCUUCCUCUGAGUGAUUUGGUCCAGUUCUCCUGCCUGUGUAGAUGCAUGCAAUGUGCUCCAACACUUCCUUGUUUGUAGGACCCCUAUUUGGAAUAGUUGUGAAAUACAUUUUUCUGGAGGUGUGCUUACACUCCAGCAUAUUACCUUCUCUUGUGGUAUUCAAUUGCCAUUAAUUAUAUUAUUACAGCUUCCAUUUAAUCUUUUCCAUAAUGAAACAAGCCUUUGUUCUCAAACUGGUGAUAGUUGCCAGCUCCAUGCAUUGCUCAGAUGUAUCUGUUUUAAUGAAUUACAUUAUAUCAUAAGAAAUGCUCUUGUUGCUAGUUAAAGUAUUGCCAUACUUAAUUUUUGUACUGCCAUUUAUGCUCACUGAAGGUAACUAAAUAUUUUCUUGCUAGUUUUCAGAAGUGUUCAGUGGAAGUACCAGACCACCUCCCUCCUUGCUCCCAGAUCUUGUCCUUUGUUGCUCCUGUCUGCCAUUUUUCCAGCAAUUUGUGUAACAACCAGUUACUUAGCCUUGUCGACUUCAUGCUACUAAUGGUAGUCUUAUUCUUCUGCAGGCAGCAUGCGAUAUCAAACUACUACUGUCAAAUGGCACAAAACUUGCAGUCUGUACAUCGAUCUCAGAAAUUUUCUCAGGCUAUCAGAAGGCAAGCAAAGAAACUGUUGAGCAGUUGGUACCUGGACAGAGGUGGCUAUAAGUAGCGUUGGUUUGAGUAUAUCUAAAGGAAGACUUUGAUUAGGACCUGAGAGACUGUACUCUAUGCUUUGAACAUAACUGACUAUUUUAAAUAAGCAAUUACAUUUUAAAAAUCUUUCUUAACAAAGCAGCCUGGGACUUCCAUUCCCUUGCUUUCUCUUUUAAAGUCAAAUGAAAUUUGUACCAUGAUGUAUUAUCUCCUACUGAGAUAAGGGACCAUCCUGAAAGUGGCUUUCAUAGGCAGGUAGUACUUUGAAACAUGUUGCACUGACUAUGGUCAGAGCAAGGGUCACAGAUUUAUACUAUACUGAAACUAGCGAUCUGUUAUUUUCAAAACCUUUUUUUUUUUUUUUUUUUUUUUAAUACUAACAAACUAAAAGCAUGUUUAAGUGAAAGUUAAAGAAACAAUAAUUGCUUGCGUUCUGACCACAAAUGCCAUUCCAAGGCAACAGGUUUCUGUGGAGUCACUCAAGCCACAACAGUGGAGCCACAUUAGGACUUUAACUCACAGCCUAAGGACUGCUGUUAGGUUAGCCCAACUUUUGUCUUUCAAACUAAAGCAAAGAUUUCUCAAGCUUCUAGAAUUCAACACCAGGGCUGUUUCCUAUGGUAGCAGUUUGGUAUAGUCUUUUGGAAUUGUUUUCACUGUAAGAUGUACCUUCAAACAAAAGAUUGAGUUGGUAAACUUUUAUCUACAAUCAUUUUUAAGAUGCACAUAGAAUUUGGUAAAACUGGAACAGCCUAUGUUUUAAUGGUAUUAAGUAUAAAUAUGAGAAAGCAGUCAUGUUCAAUUCUGAUUUAUGUGUAAUUACUGAUUUUUAAACUUGCUUCCAAUUUCCUUUUCUCUUGUCAAACUAAACUUAUAAAAUAUUGAAACAGUUAAUAAAGCCUGGAAACAUCCCAGACAUCUAGGCUGUCAGAUGACUGGUGUGAGCUUUACUUUGUGUGAUUUUUCUGAGGUAGUUUUUUUUUGUGUGUGUGUGUUUUUAAAUAAAACAACAACAAAAAAACUUUCUAUAUGGAAUGGUACCUUGAAGUUAUUACUUGCAUGUACUGAAACUCCUUCUAUAAAGCUUUCACAAGGAUGGUUCCUCAUUAUUGAAACCUCUUCUUGUAUGACUUCUUUUCAAAAAGGAGGAUUGGAGUUCACAGGUUGACGUCUGUUCACAGAUUUAAGUCUUUAUUUCAGAUAGUCAACCAUAUUAAACAGUUUCUAUACUAACACCACAAAUAAAAACAGUGUGGGACACUACUGGCUUAAAGGCAAGGAAGGUUUUAUUUUAGUGGCUAAUAUAAGAUUUUAAAAACCAGCACACAUCAAAAUCUAUACCAGUUGUAGAAAUCUUACUCCUUAUUUCAUAUUAAGAAAUACAUUAUUUUACAUUUUUGAAUCUUUACAAGGCAGCCAUAAGAAAUAUAAACAUUUGUCACCAGAUAGAACCUUCUCACUGACAAACACGAUCUAAAAGUAUACGCUUCAUAAAACUGUAGACUGAAAGAACAUGUACAACUUUGUUUCCCUUUAGGAAUUCAGUAAUAAGAGGACUGCCUCCUUCCCUUCCCCACAAAUAGAAAAGUUUAUACAGAAGGCUUGGGGUUCUGUGAGAAGCCUGCCAUUCUGGGUCCUACAUCAGUACUCACAGAAUAACUUUAUCUGUAAAAGUUGUGAUUUUUUAGUGUUAUGAUCUCUGGUACCCCAUCUCCCAGUAGGUCACGGUAAUCUUGCCUCUCCAUUCUGUGCCCUCCCUCUCCCCGCUAAGUUCUGUCAAUUUUACAAAUAGGAACUUAUCUGCCAGAGUUGUUUCAUAUUUCCACCACCUCCACCCUCCCCAGACAAUGAUAACCAGUUUCAAAGGUAGCUUAUUGGGAUAAAUACACAUAGAGGAUAAACUAUCAAGCCCUUACCUUGGACUUGGUCUUAAAUGAAGGAAAGAGAAAUACCAACACCUGACCUUCAAUUCCAGAGUCCAUGGCACAGGAUUCUAGCUGGUCCAGGCUAUUUCCUAGUUCUGAAAAAAAAGGAGCUCUUUUCAUCCAGAAAAAUGUAUUAUUACUUUUUUUUUUUUUUUUUUUUUUUUUUAAAUAGGGGACUUAAUUUAGGAUCAUCAGUAGGAACCUAUAGUUACACUUGAGUGAUUAAACAGCACUGAAGUGAAAUUACCUUGUUAAAACUAUAAUUUCUGCUGAAACUAUGAA